ACACACACACACACACACACACACGCAGACUGGCAGAAAGGGCAUGCAUGCAUAAAUACGUAUGCAAACACACUGCACUCGUAUGCAUGUAGACCUACUAUACAAAAACAAACACACACACGCUCUUUCUGGCAGAAGCCAGUGGACAUCAUAAAUACAUCAAGUGCCCGUUUGCCCUAAGGAGGCAGAUUGGCUAGUCAGACCACCCUUUCCUAAGAAGACUACAUUUCCUCUACAGUCUCGGGAUGCAUUUGUGUACAACGAACUAAAAGCAGGAGUCUUCCAUUUUCCACACAAGGAGGACUAUGAUAUUUUUUCGAGGGGGAGAAUUCUUGGAAAACAUCUGUACAUAAGUUUUAUUUAUUUUAAUGAAAAAGUUUGAUGCUACAGUUUUGUCAACUGACAUGAAUGGGAUACGGUUUUAAGCACUACUGGUUUUUUUUGUCUCGCCGAAGGAGGCAGGGAUCGGAUGGACGGAGUUGACAGGCUGAUGUAAGAGCUGGGAAAGUGAGUAUCAAAGCAAGAAUGUCCAACAUGAAAAGCCCCACAGAGGCCUGGGAACUACAGCAUAGCAAACCUGCACUCAGGCUGUGGAACAUUGCCCUCCUCUGCCUGCUGGGUAUAAUGGCCUGUUUGGUGGAAACAGCGUGGGCCUGCCCCAUCCAAUGCGAGUGCAACAGCACCGUGGUGGACUGCAGCGACCGUGAGCUGCUUUCCCUCCCUUCCAACCUUCCCCCCAACACCAAGACCCUCCUCUUGCUCAACAACAAACUGAGCUCCCUGUCUCCCGGGGCCUUCUCCAACCUUACCUCCUUGGAGAGGCUGGACCUGUCCAACAACUUCCUGGACAACCUGCCUGCUUCUCUGUUCAGAGACCUGGGCAACCUGUCAGAGCUAGUCCUGCAUAACAACAGCAUCACCGGGCUGGACAAGGGCCUGCUCCAAAGCUGCCCGGGCCUGCAGCGGCUUGACCUGUCCAUGAAUGGCCUCUCCCAGGUGCCCCUGGGGCUUCUCAAUGACCUGCCAGGGAUGGAGUGGCUCUCCCUGGCUGACAACAGGCUGCAGGCCCUGGAGAGGGCUGCCUUUGAACCCCUAUCCAGCCUCCAGCACCUGAACCUCAGCGGAAACCCCUGGGAGUGCAGCUGCAACCUGAGGGACUUCAAGCACUGGAUUGAGUGGUUCCUCUACAGAGGAGGGAGAAUCGAUGGUGUGGAAUGCACGCUACCCAAAGACCUGCGUGGCCGGGACAUUCGCAACGUGCCCAUGGAGAUGUUCAACUAUUGUGUGCAGCUGGAGGCCAGCUCAUUGGUGCCCGGGGGGGAGGGCAAGCAGCUGCCAUGCAGCCGAGGGGCGGAACCUCCCCCACCGGCCCCCCCACAGCCCCCCAUGUAUCCCUCCAUUAGACACCAUACAGGGGUGAUGGAUCCGAUGAUGCCAGGGUGCGUGAGGCAGCGAUACCGUCCGGUGAGCGUCCGGCGAGCCAUCGGCACGGUGAUCAUCGCGGGAGUGGUGUGUGGCAUCGUCUGCAUUAUGAUGGUGGUGGCAGCUGCGUACGGCUGCAUCUAUGCCACCCUGAUGGCCAAAUACCAACGCGAGCUGAAGAAGAGGCAGCCACUGAUGGGAGAAGGAGAUGGAGAGGGCGAACAGGACGAGAAGCAGAUCUCUUCGGUGGCUUAGAGGGAUUGAGCCCUUCAGCUCCCCUGUGCUUCGUUUCUCUAGUUCGUGUUCAUCUCUCUCCUUUUUUUUUUUUUUUUGAUUCCCGGGUUUUGUGCUCUGUGCCAGUUCAGGAAUGAAGAACGGUAACCCUCUGUCCCAAUCUCUUUACAUCUCCCAAAUUUCCUGGAUUCUGUGUGUGGAUUUGUGGGAGGGUGGAACAAGAGAGAAGAAGGAAAAGAGCAAAGCUGUUCCAAAGGAACCCGAAUCCAGGAUUGUAAAAGUUGGCAGACUGUUUAUAAACAGAAAGUAAAAACUCUCUCUCUCUCUCUCUCUCUCUCUCUCUCUCUCUCUCUCUCUCUCUCUCUCUCUCUCUCUCUCUCUCUCUCUCUCUCUCUAUGAGCCUAUCCAAUUCCUUAUUUACAAAUACUGCAAAAAAAUGUCAGUUUCAGUUGUUUCCAAGUUACUUUUAUCCACCUUCUGUUAAAACUGCUAGAAGCCCGUCUCUGAUUUGAGUGGAUACCCUAUUCCUUAACUCUCAACAAAUGGGAUUUAAAGCAGUGCUCACUGAGAGUGGCAUAAGGGUGUGAAUAUUGGAGGCUGACACAGUCGCUGAUGAAGUACACAAUCCAAUUCCUCUUUUUGUCUUACAAUAGAAAGUAAAGAGAAUAUCAUGAACUGAAACAAUUUAAGUGAUUUAAAACUUAACUGGACUGCACUAGUUACAAAGCAAACCUCUGCGAUACGAGCACAACCUUGCAUGCAUCAAAAUUCUCAAUACAGAAAAGGAGCCUGCAUUGGGACACAGACAGAUAUGCUUCUGAUCCUAGUUUUUACUCCAAAGACCAAUAUUCAACACAUUUGGAUAUUUCGCUUUAAGUGAAUACAUUGGUUUACUCUCUGAAAUACCCGAAUGUAAUGAAUAUCUGUCUGUUCUGUAAGGAAACUCUGACAUAACAACAGUUCUGUACCUCCCUAAUAUCCAAUAUACAAUGACUAUACCCUUAUAAUAGCUGACCAAGGUAUUUUUGCACAGUAUUGUUGCAGUUUUCCCAGACUUUUCCCCUGGUUAUACUUUGCAUUUACCACAGUCUACUGUGGUUUGUCAUGUUUAAUAUGUGUUCGAUAUUGCUCUGGGCUCUACAGUGCUUGCCAUAGUUUUAUUAUGCUUUAUCACACCUUGCUAUACUUUUACUAUGGGAAACUUUUAUAAGGGUAACUACUUAUGUAGUUCUAGUAAAUAUAUUACAUUCAUUAUUAUUGUCUCUUUACCAUUACUGUUUGUGAGCAACAUUUAUAACGUAGCAAUAAAGAAUCGGCUGUACUUUUCCCUCAAUCAUUCCUAUCCCUCAAUGGUUUCCAGUGCAAGUUCAGGCAGUGGAAAUUCAGCUUUUCUCUGUUUAUUUCUGUGUCAAUAACAGUGUGUAUUUUAUAAUACUCACCUCCUUGUGCAAUCUUCUUUACCGUUUGAUUGAAAGGACUGCCACGCCUUGAUGACGAGUGGAAGUCACAAAGCUAUUCUCUGAGCAGUCUCUUUUCAGGCACAGGUGCAAAUCCUCAGCAAAAACAGACAGCACAAGGAAGGGGCCUUGUUGGGGCUGGGCCCUAACCGACAGGGCUAAAGUAAUAAGAUGAUUGGUUGCCCAUUGUUUAGUCCUCUGUAAAUCAUUUGCAAGCUUUGGCUGCAAUCAAACUGGAUAUUCUUAAGGCUUUAAAAUGAAACAGUACAGAAGAAAUGCAACUGUCAGUAGCGCAUAGGAAAUAACUCCCUUCUGGUGAUUUGGUUAAUCCCCAUGAGUACUAAUGCUGGCAACAUUAAAGUGCUAAUUUAUUUACUGGAUAUUCUCCAUGUUAACUCUGAGAGCUGGCCUCCAACCCACAGCCCCCCAUUGCCCCUAAUUCUUGGACAACAGUUGCAGUUUAACUGAAUCUAGGCUCAACAGCUGCCCACACAGUUAAAUAUCCUGGUUACAUCCCCAGUGCUUAAGAGUGAGAAAUAUUAAUGGAUCUCGAGAUAAAUCCAGCAUCAUCCUUUCGUUGCUAUGAUGGAAUCUCCCUUUGGGAAUAUGAGUCUUAAAUGCAGGAGA